AUGCAGCCAGUACAAAUCACACUCACUCUACAGAGAGAUCUACAGCACAGAGACACAGCCAUGGCACCAACCAUCACUUCUGCAAUGACCACCUCAAACGAGCACCUACCUCUAAACAACAGGCAGAGGAAGCCGUUGGUGGAGAAGAUGCGCAGAGAUCGUAUCAACAGCAGCAUUGAGCAGCUGAAGUCUCUCCUGGCUCCAGAGUUCCUCAACCAGCAGCCUGACUCCAAACUGGAGAAAGCAGAUAUCCUGGAGAUGACAGUCAGCUUAUUGAGACAACUGCAGCAGCAGCCUGCAUUAUCCUGCAGCUCAGCAGCUGUCAAUCAAGGCUUCUCCAGAUGUGUCCAUGAUCUUGUCCACUUCCUGUCCAAAGAAGAGGUGAAGACACAGAGCCAGAGAAAACUACUGAACCACAUCCAGAAUCUUCAGCCAUCUUCAGAUGAAAGCAGGAGGGAAAGUGUCCUGCAUCAGUUGAGCUCUUCAGAGCAGCAGAUCAUCAGCAAAGAGAAGAGUUCAAUUAAUAGCUCCCUCUGGAGGCCCUGGUAGUCUUCUAGGUUUGAAAUUGUCUCUGUUAACCACUGUUGACCACAUUGGUCUGCUAAUGUGAGAGUAAUAACUGGCUUUUUUUUUGUUGGGUAAAAUUUACUCAUGAACGCCCAUUUCUUGUAUAUUGUGCUAUUUGUUACAUAAUUUUCUCAGCAAUUAAAAAGACAUCAGAAAGCAUUUAUUUCAUAAUGCUUUGCAUACUCAAGAAAUAAUUCAUUUCAAAUGUUUGGAAUGAUCAUUAAAGUCUGACAUCCAUUUCCUAUAUCUGGUAUAGAUAUUUAGGUUUGCCUUUUAUAAAGGCUUUUAUUUUCCUAAACAUAAAUGCCCUAGUGAUAUUCUAAAGCACAUCAAGGGCUUUUAUUAACCUAUAAAUAUCAUUUUGAUGUUCUGAAACCUGUUGUACUUUAUAAUGAAUAACUAUCCUUUCUGGAUAGGCAUUGGAUCCUCUCUGGAUAUUUCCUUGUGUGAAGGCAAAAUAUUUAAAAAUACUAAUUGAAUAUACUUGACUCAUGAC